UUUCACUCACAGUUUUCGCUACCUCUCCUCGUGUCCUCUUGGGAGUGACGUAUCCGCUCCUCAUCACUCAUUAUCACACGAGUGGAAGUGUGUGUGUGAUGUGAGCGUCUCUACAGGACACACACACACACACUUGCGCCGGUGCAGAGAAACAGGACAGGUAAAUGGAUCCAAUGCAGCCCAUUCAGAGCUGCUCUAUGCCAGAAGGACCUACUGGAGUCUUAGGACUCCACAAACCACCAGUCUCAACCCUGCUUGGAAACCCCUGCAAACUGCCUGCAUCCUCAAACUGCCAGAUGGUCAUGACUGGAAGCCCACCGGUGUUGGGACAGACCCCGGCACUGCAGACAAAUCCAGCCAUUCAGGAGAGAGUCAGACCAGACUCGACCGCACAAUCCACAAAUUGCAUCAGCAUCAGUCGACCCAGGCCUACGGCACUGGGUACCAAGGCAACAAUCAAAGUCUCCAAACCCACUGAUCCUUCAUUGCAGGUUAAAGCUAUGGGAACGCCCAACUUCUUGUCGCACUGCCCAGCCGAAUCACCAUUGCCUUAUUGCAACCCCCCAAACCCACUGAGCCCCACUUCUCAACUCGGUUUUAACUCACCAUCCAUUCCCCCAACACUUCCAAGCCCUCCAUCACAGCCCAUCCGUGCAAAGACACAAAAUAACCUAAUCGCCAGGCCAGUCCCCAACCCAAACCCCAGUCCCCCGUCUAACCACAUUCCUCAACCAAUCCUAAGUCCUGAAACACAUGUAUCCAACGCAGGAGACACUACUGACAAUAAGAUGAACAAGACCAUCUGUGAAGAGGGUGAUUUCAGAGUGCAUAUUGUCACAUGGAAUGUUGGCUCCGGUAUACCACCUGAUGACAUCACUUCCUUGUUUGGGCCUGGUGUUGAAAAUGGGAGCACUGACAUGUUUGUUGUUGGACUGCAGGAAGUAAACUCCAUGAUAAACAAGCGGCUUAAAGACGCUCUCUUCACAGACCAGUGGAGUGAGCUCUGCAUGGACACUCUCAGUCGUUUUGGAUAUGUGUUGGUGGCCUCUCAGAGGAUGCAGGGGGUUUUCUUACUGGUGUUUUCCAAAUUCUGCCACCUUCCCUUCCUCAGGGGAGUACAAACCGAAAGCACACGCACAGGCUUGGGUGGCUACUGGGGGAAUAAAGGGGGUGUGAGUGCACGAAUGAUGGUUUUCGGACACCCUGUGUGCUUUCUCAACUGCCACCUGCCGGCUCACAUGCGUAACCUCGAGCAGCGGAUGGAGGACUUUGAAAGCAUCCUACAGCAGCAGCAGUUUGAGGGCAGCACCGCUGUGGGCGUGCUGGAUCACGAUGUGGUGUUCUGGUUUGGUGAUCUGAACUUCCGAAUCGAAGGUUAUGAUAUUCACGUGGUGAAAAGUGCAAUUGAGAAUGACAAACUGCCUCUACUGUGGGAAAAAGAUCAGCUCAACAUGGCGAAAAAAAGUGAAUCUAUUCUGGAGGGAUUUAUGGAAGGACCCCUAAAAUUCCCGCCAACUUACAAGUUUGAUGUGGGGACACACACUUAUGACACAAGUGCAAAAAAGAGGAAACCUGCAUGGACAGAUCGCAUUCUGUGGCGUCUGCGCAGGACGGGCUCCCCUGUGCCGUCUCAUUAUUCCGCCCUGCAGCGGGGUCUGACAUCAUGGCUGGGUGGCGCCACCAGAGUUUCCCAGCACUUCUACCGCAGUCACAAGGGGUUCACUAUUAGCGAUCACAAGCCGGUGUCCGCCCUCUUCUCUUUGCAUUUUCCCUAUAAGGUGAACCUACCAUUAGUGACACUGGAAGUGGAGAAAGAAUGGACCAAGUUCUCUGAUGCUACAGCCAAACUCACAAUGGCACACGGCUUUCAGAGGAGUUCAUGGGACUGGGUGGGACUGUACAAGAUGGGAUUUAAGCACUACAAGGAUUACGCUGCAUAUGUGUGGGCCAAAUCUGAGCAUUCAACGCAGGUGACAUUUUCUGAGGAAGAUUUGCCUAGAGACCCAGGGGAAUAUAUUCUGGGAUAUUACAGUAACAACACGAACAGCAUCGUGGGAGUGACAGAACCAUUUCAGGUGCAGCUUCCCAUGUCCACACCACCUGCACCAGCAUGUCGUUCACACUCCGACAGUUCAGAUGUCAGCUCUGAAGAUGACAGUACACUGGUCCUGUUGGCUCCCUGCUCUCGUAGCCCCAGCCCUGGAAACCACAGCGGCAAACGGCAUCACCACCAGAAGCGGCAGCGCAGCCGCAGCCCCGCUGUACCUGCACUCUCCACAACGCCCCUUCCCUCCCUGCAGUCUCUCAGCCUGUGCCCACGUCCCCGUGACGGCCCCACACGGAGCUCCUCCCCGCACCCUUCAGCCAAUACCAAGAAAGAGCGUCUGGUUUCUCCAGACACAUUAACCUCGCCCUCCCUCAGUCCUCUUAGCCCACGGAGCCCUGUGUCUCCCGGGAAUGGAGUCAGCGCUCCAGAGGCUCUAAUAGCGGCCAUUUUAGGAGAGCCCAGGCCCGCUCCUAUAGGAAAAGCAGGGGAUGUGAUUCUCUGACCAAUCCCCCACCCCUUCCUUUCGAUUCAUUUCUAGACUUUAGCAGAUAUUGUAAUGCAACUAUAGAGAAAUGGCCUGUUUCAGGUCGUCCUCUGCCGCUUUUAAGACCUGCAGCUGUUUGUGAUCUCAUGCCUUGUCGUGCUUAAUCAUUCACAAACUCUUCCUUGGUUCUCAGUGGGUUUGCCAGUAGAGAUUCAACUGGCCUAUCCAUUUUACAUUAUUUAUUAAUGGCCCUGUUUCCACCUGGUAUUAAGAUGCGUUUUGGUCGAUCAGAUCACAAGUGGAUGAUGCUAAAUACAAGUGUAAACGGGGUGUAAAAUGUUUUGAGCUGGUCUGCUUUAGUAGUCAAAAGUAGUCGUAGUAGAAAGUAGAAGUAGUCGAAAACACAUUCGACCGGAUUGCCUUAUGCUUAUGUGGUCGAAUGUGUUCGAACAGCCACUAAAGACCGCCUACUCUCCGCCUACUGAUCUAACGCGUAAACGUUAUGGGAAACGUGCUAGCCAGACAGGAUUUAAACUUUCUUGGUUUGAAGACGAAAAACAUACCAAGCACAAUGUUCUCACACCAUUUCUAACACACACUCACUGUGUUCACCGUCGUUUUGCAGCUGUCAGAGUAGAAACGCUUUUCCAUCCCCCCCCUCAAAGAAAUCAGGACAAAAGUGGUUGAAAUUGGACAAAAGAGACGGAUUAAAAUACUAGGUGGAAACGGGUAUGUGUCUCCACUGUCUAUUUGUGAACCAAUCGAUUAAAAUGCAUCUUAAAACCAGGUGGAAACAGGGUCAAUGAUAGAUUGUAAAUGGUGACAGAACAACAGUGCACAUUCACCUUAUAGUGCAGGACAACCUGACCCAAGGUGAAACUGUGCUGUUACCGUAGAAUCAAAGCAAACAUUGAUGUCAGCAUACAUCUCAGCCUUUACUCUUAACUUAAUGGUUGACUGGAUUUAAAUGCCCAAUGUCUAGAAAUUUUUUAUUGUGGGAAAUUAACAAAAAUUUCCUUUGUUAAAAUAUAUUGGUUUGAGUGACAAGAAACAAGAAAAAUAUGGGACGUGUUUUAUCUUCCCUUUUUGAAGUUGGUAAUCCUAUUUAUUUUAUUGUUUUAACUAGUUUGCAAGCCACCAGUUGAGAACCAUUGAUCUAGAGUCACUAAAAUGUCUAUAUAAUGUAGGGUCCAAAAGUCUGAGACCACACUGAAAAUCUGGGAUUCAAAACCUAAUUUAAAUCUGAAUGCUUACAAAAAGUUUUAAGAUUUGAAAAAGACUAUAUAUGUGACCCUGGACCACAAAACCAGUCAUAAGGUUACAUUUGUUGAAAUUGAUGUAUGGUUUGUUAGGAUAGGACAAUAUUUGACUGAGAUGUAACUAUUUGAAAAUCUGGAAUCUGAG